CUGAUCAGCAAGCACGGCCAGGCACUGUUUUCAGCUGAUCUCUGGAGAUCUCAAGACAUCAGGUGGGCCUCGGCUUUGGACCUCCCAUCUACCUUACCCAAGCUUCAGUUCUUCCGUCCAAAUCGAUACUUACCUUACCAGUCGAGACAGUAUACCACCUGAACAGAACGAAGCAUCAUGGGACGUUCAAAAGCAAUCGCACGCUCGAUCGCGCGGGCCAUUACCGGCACCUCUGGACUCGCGAAACGACGGUCCAGCAACAGCAAUCCCCUUCGCUUGAUCCUGUCGCUAUUCUCACUGUUCUUCUCUAUCCACCAGUUGAUCUUACAAAAGAUCCGACCAGCCGAUUUCGCUAACUUGCGUCGAAACCAUUGGGACGUUGAAGACAAUGACUAUUACGAUUCCUUCCAGCCACCACAAGAUGGCGACAAACCCGAAGAGUCUCUGACCUCGAUUGGAGACAUGGGUUUUUCCGGCUCGACCUUCUACUCAACCAAAGACCAAAAGUACCUCGUCAAGUCCGUCCCGCGCCACUCGGAACACUCCUUCUUCCGCCAAGACCUCCUGACGCCCUACGUCGAAUACAUGGCCACGCACCCGCGCUCGCUCCUCGUGCGCAUUUGCGACUUUUUAGGUGCUUCGGGAUACUCUAUUGGACGGAUUUUGCGGCUGGCGCCCUCGCACCAUAUCGUCAUGGAGAAUAUCAUGUACGGCCGCGGACGGUCGGAAUCCCAAAAGCGCGGCGACGUGGAUGUAGAUUGGGAGGAUUGGGAUCUGAAGCCCACUUCGUACUUUUAUCCCGAGCGCGACAUUGCUGAUGGGGCGCUGACGAGCGAGGCUACCAAGAGCCAGUUGGCGGAUGAGUUUCAUGAUAAGAUUAGACUGAGUAAAGAACAGGCGGAUGAGUUUUUUAGGUGUUUGGAGGAGGAUACGAGGUUGUUGGCGGAGCAUGGGGCGGUGGAUUAUUCGUUGUUUUUGGUGAGGAUGCAGACUACUGCUUCUACUUCUACUCCCUCGGGCUCGGGCCAGGGGCAGGGAAAUAGGCCUGAUCCUGCGGCUGCUCCCUCUUCAUCGGAAGCGGUAUUGGAGGAGGUGGCGCCGCCGACCGAGGGCCCGUCGGUGCCGCCUGGUCCACCGUCGUGGAGGACCGGGAUAGCGUCGGCGGAUGGAAAGUAUAUCUACCGAGCGUCGAUCUUGGACUUUUUCUGGGCAAAGCAUAAGUUGCAGCCGAUGGUGAUGACGGUUUUGAUCAAGUUAUGGAAUUUGUUAAUCAGUAAACAGGGGCCAAUGAGUAUUACGACUACGCCCGAGGAGUAUAGGCAGAGGUUUUUGAAGAUGUGUAGGAGUUAUGUGGAGGUUGUUGGGGAGUUGUCGGUCGAGUGAGUGAGGAGGGGAGGUGCAUAUGGGAGUGUUUGGAGUUUGUAGGGGCUGCGAUACCCAUUGUUGUUUUUUUUUUUUUUUGUUUCUGUUGUAGUCAUCAUCGCUAUCAUACUUACCGUACUGCGAGAGGGGGGGGUCUUACAAACUCUCCGCGAACCGUUCUUAAUAGUCAGAAAUUUACUAAUUUGUCCUUAGA